AUGAAAGUAAAAUAACUUUGCAUUAAUUCAUACAAGUCUCCUGUUUAAUCGUAAAGCUGGGCUUCAAGUCUAUUUUUGAAUCUCUAUAGAUGUAAUUCAUAAUAGAUUUCUCGUCAUCUGCAUAGGCUUAAAGUCAAUAAAGUAGUGAAGGGAGGCCAGAGCUUUAUUUUUGGAGAUGAGAAAGUUGGACUGGCAGUAGGAGUAAAGGGUUCUUGUUAUAAUGCUGGAGGAGAUGUAGCACGGGGUGCCAGAAAAUACGGGUUUGGCAGAGUUGUAUUAAGCCAAAAUGAAUUGAGCAUUAAGGAAACAUCUUAAGUGAUUUCAGGAUUGAUACAAGCCAACUACAAGUACAAGCUAUUAGGAGAUGCUGCAAAAGAGAAAUUGCAAAAUGAUGAAAACAAUGAUAAAUAUAGUUAUAUAUAAGAAUUGCAUGUUUAAGACAAUAUAUUUGAAGAUCCUUACUUUUAGCAAUUGAUUCGACUUGCUCAAACUAAGUUGUAUGCAAGAGAGUUGGCAAAUACUAGACAAGAAGGAACACCCUAAUUUUUUGUGAAUGAAGUAAAAACCCUGUUCAAAGAUAACCCCAAUGUUGAAAUUAAAAUUUUAGAAGGCAAAUAAUUACAAGAAUGCUAAUUGAAUCUCUUUUAUGCAGUUGGAUAAGGAUCAAUCCAUCCUCCUGCAUUAAUCAAUUUGACCUAUAGGGGAAAUAAGGAUUCUCAGUAAUUGCACGCAUUAGUGGGUAAAGGCAUUACGUUUGAUACUGGGGGUUUACAUUUAAAGUCAUAUGGUCAUAUGGAAAAAAUGUAUCUCGAUAAAUCUGGAGCCUGCAAUGUACUGGCUGCUUUUAAGGGAGCUGUAGAUAUGACAUUGAAAGUAAAUGUUACUGUCACUUUGGGAAUGGCUGAAAAUGCAAUCUCAAAUACAUCCUAUAAGCCAUCCUCUAUUCUUAAAAGUCACAAAGGAUUAACAGUAGAGAUCAAUAAUACAGAUGCAGAAGGACGUCUAGUGUUAGCUGAUUGUCUGAGUUGGACUCAAGCCACCUAUAACCCAACAUCCAUCUUAGAAAUCUCAACAUUAACUGGUGCUUGUAAAGCAGCCUUGGGAGAAAAUACAGGAGGAUUAUUCAGUAACAAUGAUUAGUUGUCACAAGAACUUCAAGAAAUAGGAAAAGAGUUGCAAGAACCUUUCUGGAGAAUGCCUGUGACUGAUGAACAUAGAGAUAUGAUGAAGAGUCAAUUUGCAGAUUUAUGUAAUUCUGGAUAGCCUAAGGUUUGUGGAGCCAGUAAGGCUGCAGCCUUUUUAUUCAAUUUUGUAGAUGAAAAGACUCCCUUUGCUCAUCUUGAUAUUGCAGGGCCCAAGUUUAGUAAAGCAGACAAAGGUAUCCAUCCUCCAGGAGCAACUGGGUUUGGCACUUAGGUUCUUUUGAAAUAUCUGUUGAAUAAGUAGGAGUGA